CCACUCUUGCCCUAACGCUUCUGUUUCCGAUCUAGUUGUGUGUUUGGGAAGUUGACGUUGUGUAUCUCGGGUGUCGAUUGUAAUACAUGUUAAGUAUUUGUUAAAAUUAAUUUCAUGGACCAACUGCUGGUUUAGAAGUUACGGACGUGUCGAUAUUGUUGUUGUUAAUUUGAGUAUUUUCGCCCAGAGAGAAACGCUUCUCUGCAGUGAAGAGCCUGUCUAGAUAUUCCAGUCUGAGAAGUAGAGGGCCCCACAACUCCCCCUCCUGGCUGCUUUGCUCUCUGCUCUUUCAGGAGUGAGCGUGUUAACUCAAACCCUUUGUGUGGGGAUGGCGGGCCACUUUCGCAGCUAUGUUUGGGACCCGGUCCUGAUUGUGUCCCAGAUCAUACUUAUGCAGUGUAUUUACUAUAGCUUCCUGGGGCUGUGGCUGGCUGGAGUUGACAGCCUUGUGCAGAACAGCCGAUCCCUUGAUCAGAUCUUCAGUUACGAGGUUCUAGGCUUCUCCACACCCCAGGGCAGACUGUCAAUGAUGGCGUUUAUUCUGAACUCACUCACAUGUGCUCUUGGCUUGUGGUUUUUUGUGCGUCGAGGGAAGAAGUGCUUAGAUUUCACCGUGACGAUCCACUUCUUCCACCUGAUUGGCUGCUGGAUCUACAAUGCUCGCUUCCCCGGCGCCCUCUCCUGGUGGCUGGUCAAUGUGGUGUGCAUGGCCCUGAUGGCUGUGAUCGGGGAGUACCUGUGCAUGCGGACUGAACUGAGGGCCAUUCCUGUCAACACUGGACCCAAAUCCACCCUCUGAGCCCCUGUGUGUGGGGGCUGAGGGCGUGGCCUCUGUAGACAUUGCUGUGACUGGCAGAGAGAGGGGAUUGGGGCUGAACCACUUUUCUUGAAUGCCAAUCUCCAUUUUUGUGAUCUUCUUGUUUGGAGAUGAUUCAAUUCGUGUGUCCUUCGUACAGACCUUUUUUUUUUUUUUUCAUGCUGUGUGGGAUUACUCCUCCUCACAAGACUUUCAGUAACUUCUGAAGGAUGGAGACCGGUAGCUGGAAGUGUUUUCCCUUACCCCAGCUGCUCUUGUGCUUGGAUGUGGAUCGUUAAAGUUGAUCUGUCCCCCAAGCAGGAUGUGAAGUUGAUCUGGAUUGAGCUGUCUGCUACAUUCUAUCAAAAUCCCAAGAUAAUUAGCUUAGGAUCGCUAUGCUUCAAUUUGGUUAUGUCACGAUCGCAAGAUAAUUCUCAGGAUUUUAACUUGGUUUAUAUUCACCUUCUAAAUUUGAUCUGCUACUGUAUGUAUUUCUGAAUGGUAUUUUAACCUUCAGAAAUUGAUUUCCCUUUAUUGCAGUUGACUGUCCAAUUGGGGUUAUCAAAUCACUUGGUUAGGUUGUGCUGCUGCUGUUAAUCCUAACGGUUAAUUGACUCUCUACCCUCCCUGGUUAUAGAGAGGGUGUUUUAAAGGUGCAUGCCAUGGGAUUUUACAAUUCACUUCCCUUUCUUAUCAUCAUGGAGCAUGUUCACUACUACCCUCAUUUUCAUUCACCAUAGAGCAGCCCUUUCCUCCAUGCUAGUUCCUGCUUUCUAACCCUUUCUUCUCAAGGGACACAAUUAUUAUACAGGGAGCUCACUAAGUGGGUGGGGAUUGAGUUUGCCUUAUUUCCCAAGCUGUUGUUUUAAACUCAGAAAUAUAGUAUUUAAAUACUACCCACUCCAAUUAGUUUCUCCCACCUGAAUGUGAUGGCAUCUGUUUUUUUAGCAGCCUCAAACAGGAUUCCUCACACCUGGGGCACAAGGCAACACACUAGACAAUGUUGGAGACGGUGCGAGCAGAUUGCUUUCUAAAAUGAUUUUCUCAGCUCACACACACACACAGACAGACAGUGGGUACAUUCACUUGUACAGGGACAAUGCCAGUCUGUAUUUAUUAACUGUUGACUUUUCUGUAUAAAAAGUGUUUUACCAGCAAAGUAUUUGGCUAUUUCUGCACCAUUUCCGGUUUACCUCAAAGCAAGUGGAUGAAACACCUGGUAGGGUCUUCUCUGAACUAAAUAAGGUAGCUACAAGGUUGUGCUCUCCUAUCUUUCCUUGUAUGCAACUCCACAACUGAGCAAUACGGACAAUGUGCGUGCAAUAUUUGAGAAAGUAAAUUCUAACAACUGACGGCAGCAUGUUAUUUUUGUAUAAAUACUGUGGAAGUGCUGGCUGAUUUCAGAAACCUUGGUUAUCUUCACAUUUUUAGUUCCAGUUGCCUGCCAUAGAUAUAACAUAGGCUAGCUCAGCCAAACUGUUUUGAGUUUCCUUUGGUAUUGCUGGAAAUACACAGUGUAGCAAUAUCAAGAAUGAACUUCUAGUUAAAUCACCUUAACACAGGCAUAAAAAACCACAAUGUUGGACAACAACUUUACAGUGUCUGGAUCUGGAGGUAUGUGGAUUCCUGCCUGUGUGAAAGUAAAGAUGCACAUGUAUACACUAGCCAAGCUCAUGGGGAUUUACUGCUUUAUUAAUAACUUGGCAGAGAAUGUGCUUCACUGCCCUAGAAAUGUAAGCCUUUGAUUUCAUGUCCUUCUCUCGCUUUGUUCAAGUAAUGUGACCAGCCUGCUCUGUAUGGAUUGCUAGCAGCACAGGUGGGGUUCUUUUGCUUGAGUCACUAGUCUGGACGACCAAAACGACAAACGCACAACAAUAAGGAACUUGGGUUUUACACUUAAAGGACUAAUGUAAUACGGGUUAACUCUCAAAGGAGUGCAGUGUUUCUGCCCUUUGAAAAAUAAAUGGGUACCCGAUUGUGCCCCCUAAACUUGCUGAGCCCAAAACAUGCUGUACAACUCCGCCUUCCCAGUAUUUCACAGAGCAGGCAGCGAGAGAGAUUAGAUAUGUGUUGGUUAGCUGCACCCCCUCUUUAAAAGUUUACCAUAGUGAGAGUGUAGCAGUACAAGUGUAAUAUAUCACAGUGAAAUAUGGAAAGCAUAGGUAUUCUAGAAUGGUUAACUGUGGUAAAUGCAUUGUAUAACAUAGAGAAAAGAAUGAAAAAAACUGCAAAAUGAUACAGUGGAAGAUUUUUAUAAGGGCUGCCCUACCUAUCAUUUCAUUUUGUGCACUCAAGCCUCUUCAUAUUCAGUUUACUUUUCAGUUCAGUAUAUGUAUCUACCCAAUGCUAGAAACCUGAGCCAAGUUACAGCUAACAAAUAGGUUUUUAAACAUGGCCAGAGAGCAGAUUUUUCUUUCUUGGGAACAACAUUUUGUACAAAGAAGUUCUUAGAAACAUUAAAUAUAUUUCAAAGUUC